AUGGCUCGAGGUUAUGCCUCGAAGUCUGCGCCAAUGCUGUUGAGAAAUCGAGCACUUCAUACAUCAAGACAUCCAGCAACGCGACAAGUGCGAUUACUACCAAUCUGCCAUCGACGGUCAUUCAUCAAUAUCCCAAAUAUCUUCCCCAAUAAUAAUAACAACACGCCACAAAAUAUACGCACGCUCCGCGCAUCCCGCAUACUACCAUUCCCGCCUUCGCCUUUAUACGAGAUCAUCGCAUCCGUCGAGUCCUACGCCGAAUUCCUCCCGUUCCUUGCCGCGUCAACUGUGACUGCGCGUGAUCCUGCUUCGGGGUAUCCAUCCCAGGCCUUCCUGACGGUGGGCUACGGCCCUUUCACGGAAACAUUCACAUCCAGAGUCAAUUGCGACAGAUCGAAAUGGAUUGUCGAAGCACGAAGUGGCGGCGGAGUAGGCGACGAUGGCCAGCCCAUUCCAGGUGGCGAUGAAGGGUUAUUCGGAUAUUUGAGCACGAAAUGGGAGCUUGUUCCGCGGCCUACUGCUGCUGCUUCUCCUCACGUAGGCCAGCAACAGCAAGAGACGGAAGUGCGGUUGGAGAUUCGGUUUCGUUUUCAGAAUCCCAUGCAUACGGCAAUGAUGUCGGCGGUGGAGGCCCAGGUUGCUGGGGUUAUGAUUGAGGCGUUUGAGCGCCGGAUCAAGGAGCAGAUGACGUUGAAUCGGUAG